CUUUUCGGCUGAUCCGAGAUACCGGCCGGGGGACACCCGACCGCGUUGACUCGCUCAUUAGCAUUCGAUUGUACGUGUGACAUAGUCUCGAAGCCAUGGCAGACACGAAUGGAAGUCCCGGGCCCCAGACCCAGAUCAGACUGUAUCGACAGCGAGCAUCGUACGAAGUCACUGCAGCGCGAGAGAUCUUUCGCUCGAGCCCAGUAGCUCACGUCGCCUUUGUUCAUCCAGGAGAUGAUGAAUCUCGCCAUGAGGGCAAGACAAAGAGGGCAGAAACAGUGAUGAAUCUGCCUUUGAUCACUGUGAUCGUGCCCGAGGAUGAUGAAGACGAAUCUGGCGAUUUCAAUGGCUGGAAUGUCUACUUCCAUACGCAUCGAAACUCUGGUCUGGUAGAGGCAGUGGAGAGGGGGUCAACUUCAUUCACCGCUACCACGACCAUCAUCGAUGGACUUGUACUCUCGCCUACAGCUCACGAUCACUCACUCAACUAUCGUUCGGCUACCUUGCAUCUCUCAUCUCCCUCCCUCGUGACAGACCACGAGGAGAAGCGUCAUUCGCUGGGUGUAGUCACAGACACCGUUGCGGGAUACACCAGGACAGAUAUUGUGGGUCAGCCAAUGGACCCCGCUGUCGAGCGGACGACUGUGAUACGAUGCAAGAUUGUCAGCGUCUCAUGUAAACAGAGAUGUGGAGGUUGGGAUUCGGGCAAAGAGCCUGCAAUAGAUGGAGACGAGGGCAACGGGCAUGGAUGGAAAGGCGGCAUACCAUGUUGGACUCAGUGGGGUGAUCUAGCUGGCUAUGGACGGGAUGGCGAGGAGCUGAAAACGCUCUUUGCAGAGCGGUCAAGAAGAGGACAAGAGUUGGCUGUGGGAAGCUUGUACGCCAAUGAAAAUUCCAAGCUCGAAGGGCUAGGCAAGAGACUGAAAAGGUAA